AUGGCGCAGGUGCUGGACCUGGUCCCGUGGCCGCCGGACGGUGCGCCUGUCUUUGCCUCCCCGGGGGUCCUGAUCCCUUUGGAGCCGCACAAGGCCCAGCUGGCCGGGGUCAAGAGCCAGAUCUACCACCCGGCCUUGCCCAGCCUCCGCCGCAUGGACAUGGACACCAUGGCCAACCGCCUGACCGACCAGCACGCACGCACCACCACCUACUGCUCCAAAGAUGACUUUGAAAAUGCGACGUUCACGUUGGCCGGAGUCCCCAACCUCCGCCUGCCCUCCCUGGGGAUGACGGAGCUGGGCCGUUCGCUGAGGUCGAGCUACCGCCCGGGGAAGAUGGCCCCUGAGAUGCCGGGCGCGGACCGCGAGGAGUGGCCCAGCUUCACCAAGGCCAUGGACGACUGGUCUCGCUUUGUCUCCACGGCCGGGGAGUUCAAGCUGCCCAGCGCCAAGAACCGGAUCCUUGGCUUCAGCUGCUACGCCUUGCGGUACCUCAAACCGGACGUCACACAAACCUGGAGGUGUUGCCUCAACCAGAACCCCAGUCUGGACAGAUAUGGACCAAAGCCCCUGCCUUACAACACGGUCAAUACCUAUAGGAGCUUUGGGUCGGCGCACAGCCGCUCCCAUUACCUCCAGCCUUGGCGCUAG